CGAGCAGAGCCGCCGGAGUAGAGACGCACACAGCGGAGAGCUCAGUCCGUCUCUGCCCGCAGAUAGCUAACCCCGCAACAAGGCCACUGCGGGAAGAUGGCGACGGAAAAAACCAAACAUGAAGGAAGAGUUAAAAUUGGACAUUACAUUCUCGGAGACACACUCGGAGUGGGGACGUUUGGAAAGGUUAAAGUGGGCCAACAUGAGCUGACCAAGCACCAGGUGGCGGUGAAGAUCUUGAACAGGCAGAAGAUCCGCAGUUUGGAUGUGGUGGGAAAGAUCCGCAGGGAGAUCCAGAACCUCAAGCUUUUCAGGCAUCCUCACAUAAUUAAACUGUAUCAGGUUAUUAGCACCCCUACAGAUAUAUUCAUGGUGAUGGAGUAUGUCUCAGGAGGCGAGCUCUUUGACUACAUCUGCAAAAAUGGAAAGUUGGAUGAAAAGGAGAGUCGUCGGCUGUUUCAACAGAUUAUUUCAGCAGUAGACUAUUGCCACAGACACAUGGUGGUGCACCGAGACCUCAAGCCUGAAAAUGUGCUACUUGAUGCACACAUGAAUGCCAAGAUCGCAGACUUUGGUUUGUCAAACAUGAUGUCAGAUGGAGAGUUCCUGCGAACAAGCUGUGGCUCUCCAAACUAUGCUGCCCCUGAGGUCAUCUCGGGAAGGUUAUAUGCUGGUCCAGAGGUCGAUAUCUGGAGCAGUGGAGUCAUUCUCUAUGCCUUGUUGUGUGGGACACUUCCCUUUGAUGACGAUCAUGUGCCAACCCUCUUUAAGAAGAUCUGCGAUGGGAUCUUUUUCACCCCGCAGUAUCUGAACCCUUCAGUCAUAAGCCUCCUUAAACACAUGCUGCAGGUGGACCCCAUGAAAAGAGCCACCAUCAAAGAGAUCCGAGAGGAUGACUGGUUCAAACAGGACCUACCCAAGUACUUGUUCCCCGAGGACCCCUCCUACAGCAACAACAUGAUUGACGAUGAGGCCCUGAAGGAGGUAUGUGAGAAGUUUGAGUGCACAGAGGAGGAGGUCCUGGCCUGCAUAUACAGUCGCAACCAUCAGGAUCCGCUGGCUGUCGCCUACCAUCUCAUCAUUGACAAUCGUCGCAUCAUGAAUGAAGCCAAGGAUUUCUACCUGGCGUCCAGCCCUCCCGACUCUUUUCUAGACGACCAGCACUUGACUUCGUCUGGUGCAGCUGUGACCAGCACCGUCAAGCCCCACCCUGAGCGCGUACCCUUCCUCGUGGCGGAGACUCUCCCCAGGCCUCGCCACACACUAGAUGAAUUGAACCCCCAGAAGUCCAAGCACCAGGGUGUUAGAAGGGCCAAGUGGCACCUGGGUAUCCGGAGUCAGAGUAGACCCAAUGAUAUCAUGUCAGAAGUGUGCCGUGCCAUGAAACAGCUGGAUUAUGAGUGGAAGGUUGUGAAUCCAUAUUAUCUACGAGUGAGAAGGAAGAAUCCGAUUACUGGGAUGCAAACCAAGAUGAGCCUUCAACUCUACCAGGUGGACAGUAGAACCUACCUCCUUGACUUCCGUAGCAUAGACGAUGAUAUGUUGGAGACUAAAUCUGGAACUGCUACACCUCUCCGCUCUGGGUCUGUGGGCAACUACCGCACCACUAUUAAGAAUGAUGUAGAUGGGGCAGACGCCCCAGCUAUAUCUAGCCUUGUGCACUCCACCAAGGCCGCAGAAGGCUCCUUAGCUUCAUCAUUGACCUCAUCCAUCGACUCAACGGGAGGUGGGGACAGCGCGUCUGUCCCUCGACCAGGAAGCCACACCAUCGAGUUCUUUGAGAUGUGUGCAAAUCUUAUUAAACUACUUGCACGAUAGCUUGCAAAACAAUCGCUAGCCUUUUUUCCUCUCCGAGUGUCUUUAUAGCAAUAAGCAUGCAACCGAUUCAUGGCUCAGUUCAUCCCAGCUGAGGAUGAAGUGAUUGUUCCAUGGCACUGAUGCAGGUUAGUGUUCCCUAAGCGGAAGAGAUGUAUACUGAGCUGGCAGGGAAUGGAAGGGGUUACUGGAAAAGAUGAAUGACAAGCUACUUAAUAGCUAGGACAGAACAACAUUUAAGAGGGGGUUUUACAAUUUUCUGAUCAAUUUAAUAGCAAAUGCCCACAUCCCACCUAUACAUAUAUGCGCAAGUGAUUACACUGAAUUUUUCUGUACUGUAGCCAGUGACCGCUGCUUUCCAGUACAGAGAACAAGAUCGAGUUUUUGCCUGCAGAGAGGGAAGCCACACGUUGAGGGUUUGGCAUUUGGGUGGCAGUCGUAGAGGAUGCAGGAAGCACUUUUGCACAAGUAUCUUUUAUUUCCUGCUGCUCUUGUAUUUCUCUCAGUGGGGAUCAGCGAUGUGAUGCAGAUGUAUCGGGGCGCUGCACUGGCUAUAACUAGGGUUUUCAUGCCCAUCACAUUCAUUGGACUCUGAAGAAGUGCAGUGACCCUUGUGUUUCUGUCUUGCGUCAGAGACAAAAGAAUGCUUCAUCAGAUUUAUGUUUGGUUUAAUUUUUUGGAGAAUCUGAGUCGUCAGAGACUAAAUUGUCAUGGUUUUGUCCUUGUUGUAAAAAUUUGUUUGAAUUUGUCUGUCCCCUACAUUUUUAUAUAUAAAGACGUGAAUAUAUUUAUCAGUGCGUUAAGUGGACGCAGUGUUGGUUCUAUUGGAAAUGGAAUUGUUUUCUUUAUUGCAUUAAGAUCUAUUGCUGGAUGGUAUAUAUUUUCCUUUUUUACUGUCUGGUUUUUAAAUCAAUAUCACUGUUUCGUUUCCUUCAAUCACAAUUAUUCUGAUACUUGAUUGUCUUUCCAGAUAAAUAUAGCCUGCUUUUACCAUUUAAGAGGUAUUUUGCCAUGACAGUCAAAAUCUAGAAAUAUAUCAUUUUCAGUGUCACAUAUUAAAAUGACAAUUUGAUUUUGACUUUUGUUAUAAUUUCUCUAUUUCUUGUUUUCUUUUUUUAGAUUAAGGAUUAGGAUUUGAGUAUGAUUACUGAGUGAAAUGCCUUUUGCCUACAUUCAAUUUGUAAAUGCCAAUCCAUCACAAGUGUAUAGGCCUCAGGGCUCAAUUUGAAAAUUAGUAGUACUUACAUGCAGUGCAUGGACAAUGUCUAUUGGCAGGUGAAUACAUCCAAAAUAUUACCAUUUAUGGGUACGUUUAUGUUUUGAUUUGCCCAUACAUUCCCUUGAAGGUUGACCUUGCAAAAAGGUUUCAGAUGUUUGAACAUGAAACAGAAUUGUGAGCUUGGAAUUGUAAAGUCCUGCUGGGUAGAUUGCAAUUUUGAUUCAGAAGAAAAAACAUCACACAAGCUUUAAGAUCAUAAAUGUGUGGCUUUAUAUUUGAUAACAAUGUUGGACAGAACCUGACACUUGCAAGCUCACAAAGUCUUCAAUAUUUCUUUAAUCACAAGUAUGAUGCAUCUCCCUCCAUUUCCUGUCCACAGUCUUAAAGUUUUAAGUGGUGUCUAUUGUUUGGCUGCCUUAUCAUUAUCAGUACUGUCAAAUACAGUUUUUACGUCAGUAAAAGUUUGAAUUCCAUGCUGGUCAGAAUUAUUGGCACCUUUUUGCAAUUUUAAGGGUUUAAAGUCCACAAAUUAUUAUGUCAGUUUUGUUAAUUCACACAUACUGUUUGUUUAUAAUUCACAUAUUAUUCAUAUGGCUUGGCAUGACAAAAGAAAAAAGAACAUUCUUAACUGCAAAACAAAAAAAACUGAUUAUGUUGUUGCCAAACUAUUGUAGACCUCAGUAACUGCUACCACCUUUUAAUUACAGAAAAAGGAAAAAAAAAAACAAAGCAACCUUAAAGGUAAAAUGGUUUCUUAUUUAAUUAUCUUAAUUUUUUUAGUCAAUUAUUCCAGAUUUUAGACAACUUUCUCAUUGCAAAAUCAGACAAAAAAUAUUUGUAUUAAGGGGUAUUAGCAGUUGCUGAAGUCCUUGUUUCCAGUGUUUAUCUCCCCACAGCUUUAAAAAUGUAGAAUAUCUUGUCUGUAUAAACGAUUUUACAUGUCAGAGAUAUUCAGCAAAAAUUGCCAAGAGUGACAAUAAUUAUGAUCAUCUUAUUUCUCUUGCUGUCUUUCGAGGCAGGUGUGGACUGAAUUAUUUAGUUGAUUUUUGACCUUUUUGUCUCAGUUUUAAACUAGAGUUUAUAAAAUAUAGUGAUCAUGGUAAAGAAACGCACACUAUGGUCUUUGAAAGAUGUUGUAAAACUAAACAUUUUAAGUUUAAAGGGCAGUUGCAAGUUUUGAUUACAAAACCUUUCAUGGGUUUCAUGAUCAGGUUUGUAGGCAAGAUGAAUGUGUGAAACUGUGACCUUUUUGACAGCUUAUGGAGUAGUGUCCUAGGGGACUGUUAGCAGAUCAUUUCUGUCUACCUGAACUGCUUCAAAGAAAUAUUGUUCUAUUUUUGUUUGACGUGUAAAGGGACCCUACCAGAUGGACCAGUGUAAAUCUGAAUGGACAGUGUUGAAGUCAUUUGUAUACACAACUGCCUAAUAAACUGCUAAAUUGCACACAAA